AAAUUCAACCAUGAGUGAUGAAGACGAUUUUCAAUCCGCUAGUGAGGAAGAGGCCGAUUUUUCUGCCAGUGAAGAUGAAUGGCUACCCACAAAAGAUAGUAAGAAAAAGGCCGGCAAAAAAUCCAAAGCCACAGCCAGUAGCUCUGAUGAGGAAGAUGAUGAUGAGGAGGAUGGCGAUGAGGAUGGUUCUACAGAGGAUAGUGAUGAUCUGGAGGACUUUGCUAGCAAAUCCUCGAAAAAGAGAGGAGGCAAACAAGUCACUUCUAGAAAAAGAUCUGCCACUAAAGCUACAAGCCCCAAGCAGCCAAAGGCUACGGGAAACAAACGGAAACGCUUAACCCCCGGACUGCGGGACAGGCUCUAUCAGCAGUACAAGAAAGACUUGCUGAAAGAGAUCUCCCCGGCAAAGCCUCCCCUGAAUAGCAGCGUAACUGACAUUUUGGAAAAAUGUCAGUACCAGCGUAAAACGAAAUCGGUUGCUGACGAAGAUGAUUCGGACAGUAGCGGCGACGAACAUUUGGUUGAUCCGGAAAAGCUCGAUCUCGGUGCGACGUUUUUUAGCAAGCAGGAAUCAGCGGGCAAACCGCCGGGAAAGGCGGACGAACCGCCACAGUUCGAUGUAAAUGCUGGCAUGCGGCUGUCGGACAGCUCGGCGGAAGAAGGUGAGGGAGAUCAAACGAUCGGUGAGGAAUCACUGCCAGCCUCGAUCCCGAAGCGGGCUGCUGACCGAUUGAUUAGCCAUCUCAACCAACAAUCGAGUGAAUAUAUGAAUUUUACUAAUCUCGACCAGUUCACGGCAAAGGUGGAGGAAGCAAAGAGGUUGCUCAAAAGCUACCAGCAACGGGAACAGCAACCACCGCCGACCGGUAAUAAUGGAUCGGCGGACGACGUGGUCGCCAGCUCGCCAACCAAGGUGCCGGAGGAGAACGUGUCCAAUCUAUUGGCAAUGGGCGAGAAGGAAAGGGAAGCUGUAACAGUAAAGCAAAGAGAGGGGCCCGAAAGUUCGGACUCGGAAUGGGAAGAAGUACAAACGGGCGAUGGUACGGUGGGAAGGGAAGAGGAAACAUCUAAACCGGUCACCGAAUCCAGCGGAUGGCAAGUAACGAUCGAGAUGGAAACAGCCCAAAGCAAAAGGAAGCGUCGGGAAGAGAUAGAAAUGGAGCUGUACAUAAAACGAGAAAUUAAUCGUGUAAAGCGUAGAAAUCAGCUAAACUAUCAUAAAGCAAGUGUGCUGGGUGCUAUCUGCAUUGGACAACGGUUAAAUCGUAUCAUCGAGUCUGGGCCAUUGCGCGGUCUGUUAAUGUCGAUCAUGCAGAGCAAAUGUGGCGAUGAGUCGAAGGUGAAAUGGGACGAUAAAAAGAUGAAAAGCUUCGCCGCCUGGUACAAAGAGCAGUUUGUGCUCGAUUCGAAUGAUUUCCUGGUAAAGCGAAAUGGUUAUAGCUUAAGCUUUGUGCUUUCGUUGGCUGUUUACAGGCGCAAAGUGUCCUGUCGACAUGAUUAUGUACUGCUCUUUCUGGCCUGUCUUCGUAUGGCUGGCGUGCAGGCACGCCUCGUCUUAUCAGCCAACGUACCGCCUAAGCGACCAGCGAUGAGCGAUUUGUGUCCAAUGUCUGAGCGCCAGAUUAAGGAAAAGUUUGAAAAACGGCUAUCGAACGGGCAUGCAGCAUCGAAGGAAGUCGUUCCGGACAAAGCACCUGUCAAAACGGUACAAAAGGAAAGCAAAACUGUACCGAAAGAAAUUCCACCCCUUUUGACGGAAAGUAAGGAAGACAAAGAAAAGCAAUCUCCUAUAUCGCCAGCUGCUACAAAAGAGAAUCCAGAUCCUUCACCAAGACGUACCCGUCGGCAGGGGAACAACACCAACGCGCUAAAACCUGCCGAACAACCAAAGGUAACCACAAGAAGAAAGGCACUGUCUACACUAAACAUUCCUCAGCUGGAUGGUGGCGAUGAUCGAAUCGUAACCACCGAAGACAAUCUCCCCGUGACACGUUCAUUACGCUCACGAUCGGUCCCAAAGGUACCGACACAAUCGCCCGUCGUCGGGUCAUCACCAUUUGCAAAACGACAGUCGAACACACCGAACAGCGCUACCACUAAACCGCCAAGCAAUGCCACACGCAAGCGAAAACUCUUUGCAACUCAGUCGGAAGUUAGACCGAAAUCUCCGCCAAUAACGCGCACAUUAUCGGCUAGAAAAGCAGCGAAGAAAACCCCGAUUCUCCAAAAGGAAACAAAAGAACCAAAAGUUAAGCGAAGGGCGAUCCGUCCAGCUACAUCUUCCGGUGGCGAUGAUGAUGAUGAUGAUGAUGAUGCGUUUGAGAGUAAAAAUAAAUCUAAAAGCAACAGCUCAGCAACUGAAAAUGAUGUCGCAUCGAAAACAAACAGCAAACAAGCGAAAAAAGUACCUAAAAUUUUGCUAAUCGAUGUUGUUAAAUCUCCCGAAGCUGCCAACAAGCUUUCUUCAGUAUGCUCUCCUGAAGCACAACAAUCCAGUUCCGACGUAAUACCAAAAGCUUCCGCUGCGAAACAAUCGCGACGACGUGCAGCUGCACGUAAAAAAAGUUCCCACGCUUCCGAUGAUGAUGAUAGUGAUUUUGAAAUUCGCAAAGAAAUGACCAAGGUACCCCGGAAGCGAACCAGCUCUGCUACAACAACGGCAAAAGCGAAGAAAUCUCCCCGGGCAACUAAUUCGAAGUCAACGGGCGAGCGAGAGAAGCAACAGAAAACGGAUCUUUGGAUUGAAUUCUACAGUGAAAAGCUGAAACGAUGGCUUACGUUCGAUCUUGCCAGCGAGCAGAUAGAUUGUGUGGAUUUGAUUAUGCGAAACGCUUCCAGCCCAAUAUCGUACGUAUUUGCCUGGGAUAACGCGGGACACCUGAAGGAUGUAACGGCCCGGUACGUGAAGAAUUGGAACACAGCUUGCCGGAUGUUGCGCGUCGAACAAACCUGGCUCGAUGGUGCCUUGCGCCGCUUCGCAUACGAAAAAAGUGAAGCGGAUCUGCUGGAAGAGAAGGAACUGAACAAACUGGACGCUGACAAACCACUUCCGAAAACGAUCAGCGAGCUUAAGAACCAUCCACUGUACGCGUUGCGUAGACAUCUGCUCAAGUACGAAGCCCUGUACCCGGCUGAACCACCAACGCUAGGCUUUAUCCGUGGCGAAGCAAUCUAUCCGCGAGAAUGUGUCCACACACUGCAAACGCGGGAGAAAUGGUACAAACAGGGCCGUGUCGUGCGUGCGUUCGAAACGGCGUACAAAGUGGUUAAAUGCUGGAAGUACGAUCGACCGACCAACAACUGGCUGAAGGAUCAACCGUGCGAUAUCUUUGGCUACUGGCAGACGGACGAGUACGAUCCACCGACGGCCGAGAAUGGGCUGGUACCGCGCAACGAGUACGGCAACGUGGAACUGUUUACCGACAAGAUGCUACCGAAGGGGACGGUCCAUCUGAAACUGCCCGGUUUGAACAAGGUUUGCAAACGGCUCCAAAUCGAUUGUGCACCAGCGCUGACCGGUUUCGAUAUGGCCAAAAUGCGCGUGGUGCCCGUUUACGAUGGCUUUGUCGUGUGCAAGGAGUAUGCGGAACAGGUCGUCGAAGAGUGGUACAAGGAGAUGGAGAAGGAGGAAGAGCGCGAGCAGGAAAAGCUGGAGAAGCGUGUGUACGGCAAUUGGAAGCGAUUGAUUAAGGGGCUGCUGGUACGUCGAAAGCUUCAGAACAAGUACAAUUUUGAUAAUCUAGCGCUCUAAC